AUGGAAACCCAGCUGGGCGCUGAUACUACAGAAGGCACUAUUCGUGCUAGUCUGUUUAGCAGUGCUCAUGACGGACAGAAUCAACCGAAUCAACAAGUUCCACAGCGAAGUAUGUCUGUUGCCAAUGAAUCUACUGACACUAAACGACAAACAGAUGUAGAAGUGUCGCCAUCGGGAAGUACUGACAGUGUUGGUUCUGCUGGAAGCUCAGGCUCGUUGAAUCGAGCCUCAUCAGUACCUUUCUCUAGGAGAAAUCCAACCAAAAUUUCAAGUCCUAUCACAACAUCAUCAUUUUUUCACAAUCGGGAUCGGCCGAGUCCAGAAAUCAGUGGUGGUUCCCAACUGUCUCCUCCACAUAGAGGACACACGAAAACUCCGUCCACUGGUGGACUAUCGGCAAUGACAGACACAACACCUAACCAAGUUCGACUAUCUCUGUAUUCGGAAGUAUCAGGAUAUUCGCCGGUAAUUGAGCAUGCCACUAAAGUCUCACUUGGUCAGUCGUCUGCACAUGAAGAGGAUGGUACAAACACUGGUUUAACCAGACAAUCUACUAAUGAUAGUGACGUCAGCAACCUGAGUACCGCAUCAGAAGCUCCUCGCAAGAAUAGCGAUGAGCAGAUUGACAAGGCACGAGAGAGCAGACAUGGUUUACAAUCGAUUCUUUCUCAGAUGCAGGAGAUUCGAAGGUCCACCAGUGGGGGCCGAGUGUUUCCAAUAUCAACAAGCUCUGAACCUCGACCACUGACUGCAUUAUUAUCCGAUCAAUCAAUAAGCUUUAAAGAAAAUACUAAUAACGACCUUCAACAAUCACCAAUUCCCUCCAGCAUUCCCGAUCUUCGGCACCGGGUACCUCUUAGACCAAAUAAUGGCCAUGGCCGAUCUUUCAGUGCAGCCACUGACAGCAGCUCAAACUAUGCAUCAUCUUCUUAUUCAUCUGCUUCACAAUAUCCUACUCUUCUUUCCGGCGCCCCAAAGAUCGGUAAGUCGCCCAUGCCUGUGACGUCAAGUACUUUUGACUCAGCAUCCAACCGAUGGGACGGCUACAAUGUGCCUGCUCCAACCUAUUCAUCAUCUGACGGGGUUGAGAGCCUUCUUGCAUCGCUAGAGAAGUUCCGGCCAAGGCUGGAAGAACUUCAAUCAGCAAAAAGAUCUAGCAUGGUUGCCCGUAUCCCGUCAUCUUCGACAAACGCAUCCAACGACACUCAUAGCUCAUCUUCUUCAGGAUUUUCUUACACAUCCACGCCUGUUAGAUACGAUGCUCCAUCCAUUAUCAAGGAUAAAUCAUCCAGUUCGUAUUCUUGGCAUAAACGCCCAAAUAAACUUACAGAUGAACAAUUGCGUGAUGAUGAUAUGAUGCUUGGAUUGUCUCCUCCUCGACCAUCACAUUUCUUUGAUGAUAAACGAAGAAACAGUCAAGAUUCGUCCAACGAAUCGUUCCAAACUGCCUUGUCACAUAACCAAGAUAGUGAUAGUGUUGUGGAUCACAUUCAAAAACUGCAAGAGCAAACUCCUGCUAUCACUGCUACAUCGUCAUCCAUUCACUUACAUGGAGCAUCUGAAUUAUCGCAUUCAUCGUCUGGAAACACCGUCGUCCCUCCUGGAAGUCGUCGACAAAUGGAACCAAGCAUCGCCCAACCAUCUCUUAGUUCUUUUGAUUCUAAUACGUCUCCCUUGCGUGUUAAUAUACAUUCACGCGAAAACACGGCUACCUUGAAAAAUGCUGCCUCACUACCCUUAUUAGUCCCUGUUGAGGAGUCUGAACCAAUUCGCCGGAGCAUUCGUGCAUCAAUGAUGUCUUAUCCUCGUAGUGGCAGUGAUCACUCGCAUGAUGAAACGCGCCAAAGUCCCAUAGAAAAUGUUAACAUGCAUAUGACCACGGCAGCUGUUGAUACCACUUACCCCGAGCUAAACGUAAGCAAACGAGAACAUAGACACAAGAGUCGUGACAAAGGAAAGGAGAAGGCCAGAGACAAAGACAGGGAGGGGUCGUCGAAAGAUAAAACAAAUAGAUUGUCCAAAUCUCUUGGAGAACAGGAACAUAAAUCGCGUCAUUCCCGAACCAGUGGUAAUUCCAGGAAACGGGAACACCACCGCAAUGCAAGUGCAGGCGUGGCCACCACAACAACAGGUGAAGAUUUAUUCAGCAACAGGUCUACUGGCUUAUCUUCCACUUCUAGAGUUCCCCGGAAAGCUGUUUUCUCACAACCAAACAUCCAACGAUUGUUACAGCUGGCUGAUGAUGCAUUUGACCUGGAUCAAAUCGACCUGCCCCCAGAUGAACGUCAUCUUCUAGAAAAGUUUAUUGACGCUCUCUCAAAGUUAAGUGUGGAGAUAAACCUUGAUGACGGCAAGCGUGUCGAAGGAAAAAGAAGACUUCACAAUGCUUUGCGGGCGAUUGAAGGGUGGAUAUAA